AAACCAUCAGCGCUCUCCCUCUCCCCGCGCACUUUUCAAUACCAGGGCGGAAUUAAACGUCCUGCCAUGGUCAUCUUGGAAAUAUAGACCUUUUCCCCUUUGCAUCUCUUCUUGCGCACCCAGGUGUCUUCACCAUGACCUCCCCGACGAUCCUCCUACCGGGCGACAAUGUCCCCUCGAACAUCCUCCCCUCCUCCACCGGCUCUACCCCUUUGAAACUAGGAUCUGGACUGCGCAUUCUAUCUCAACAGAACCCUACGAUACCCUCAUCGCGAUCGAAACCUUCAGGCCACACCAUCACCGCCACGCAAGCGGGUUUACUCACCACCGAUGCUAAGCGAAAUGCCGUCUCUCUCCUCUCAUUCCCGAACCGUCGCUACGUUCCGACCGUCCAUGAUCUGGUAAUUGCGCAGGUCAACCGUUCGAGUCCAGAUUAUUUCCACUGUACUCUCACACCACAUGCGCCGCAAGUGAUGCUGGGCCAGCUUGCCUUCGAAGGCGCAACGAAGAAGACGAGGCCGAUGCUCAAGGCUGGAGAUCUGGUCUACGCUCGCGUCCUAUCCGUUGGAGUGGGAGCCGGCGCGGAAGUCGAAAUAACAUGUGUGAAUCCAACGACGGGCAAGGCAGACGGCGGUCUAGGUCCCUUGACCGGCGGGAUGCUAUUUGAGAUCUCGACCGGUCUGGCAGCAAGACUGAUGAAGCCUGGUGCGUCGGAGAUCGUCAUUCUCGAUGAACUGGGCGCGAGAUUCAAAAGCAAGGGAGGAUUUGAAAUCGCAAUUGGUCGGAAUGGAAAGGUCUGGGUUGAUUGUUCGAACAGCGGCGACAAUGCUGUGAAGAUGACGGUUGCUAUCGGACGGUGUCUGGUAGAGACGGACGAACGCAAGCUGAACGCCGCGGACCAGAAAAAGCUGGUCGCGAAGAUCUUACGAGAUAUGAAAAUAGACGCUUAAUUCUUUUUCUUAUGUGUUAUUCUAUUAUCCGGAUAUCACCGUCUUCUAUUCAUUCCCCGGCGCAGUUUAUGAUGCAGGAUGUGAUUAUUUUGCGAAGCUUCCAAUGGACCCCCUUGGAUUCCUCUUUCCUUUUUGGUUCAUAUUCCAAAAAAACUAGAUAAAAAUUCGUAAAACCGGCAAUGAUAAAUAUACUACGAAAACAAUUCUAGCAUGGCUGGCGCAACUGCCAAAUGCACGCACCAAAAGCAGUUGCGGUGCCGAAUCCGAC